AUGACCUCGUCUUCGAUAUCACAUCGCUCGUCCUCCAGGAUGAGAAGAGUCCCAAAUGCUGACCCUGAAGAUGCGUCGUUUCCAUCUGCCCAGUCAGCUCGACCAGUUCUGGCGCAGUUGAAGCCAUCAUGGUUCAUCCCACGAUAUCUAAAAAGCUUCAGAUGGAUAGUCAUCAUCUUUACAUUCGUCCUUGUCUCAUGGAUAACAUAUACGGGACUUUUUUCUCGAACACUAAGCCAUAUUAUUUCCGGUCACCAUGAUACAUCAGCUCUCACGGUCAAUGAGCUACAAGCUCUUGCAGUCCCUCAACGAUCCUCCAACCCAAGUUCAUCCCGUCGUAUGCGCCUCUUCAUGCCCGCAGACUCACCUCACAUCAACCUCUGCAAAACCAUAAUGUCCGCUGUCGCAAUGGGUUAUCCCAUGCCCAUUCUUCUAAACUGGAAGCGUAGUCACAUCGCCAAACUCGAAAGUCUUCUAGGGGCCAUCGAAACACUCCUUGAAUCAAAAAGCGACGAUGUAGGAGAGGAUGAUAUUGCGGUCUUGGUUGAUGCGUAUGAUAUGUGGUUUCAACUUCCGCCUUCUGUUCUACUAGAACGAUAUCAUCGUCUUAAUAGUGAAGCAGAUGCUAGAAUACGCAAGCAGUGGAAAAGUAUUGGUAUUGGCACUGACUUUCCUAUAUCACCGCCUCGACAGGAUAUCAUCGUCACUACAGCAAAAGAUUGUUUUCCCGAUGCAUAUUCCGGGUCUGAUCCUCACUAUGAGCACUGGCCUGAAUCACCUAUGCCAAAAGACAUGUACGGAGAAGACACAGAUAAAGUCCCAUGGUCUUUCGAUCCAGCGCGCAAGUACAAAAAGGUUCGACCACGAUGUGUCAAUAGUGGACUUAUCAUGGGUACUAUGGGAGGAUUGAGAGAUGCACUCAAAAGAUCCAAGGAAAAGGUCGAUACAGUGGCUAUGAAGGGUCGUCAGCUUUGGAGUGAUCAGGCACUUAUUGGAGAGGUCAUUGGGGACCAGGAGAUUUGGCGCGAGUGGAUGAGACAUCUUGGAUCUUCGUGGAAUGGCUCUGCUGCUUUCAACGAUAGAGGUUCUCUCGGUAGCACAGUUCGUGAUAUCGCAGAUGCUGCCGUCCUUGGGAAACGAUUCGAAUUCGGUAUCGGUCUAGACUACAACUUCACAACGGCACCACCAACAUGUUCGUCCGAAGAAGACGGUUAUUUCGUCAGCCUCUCCAAUGAGACCAACAUCCACGAAGAAUCUCAAAAAGCUGGUGUACCAGGAGAUGUUCGCAUUCAUGGUAUACCAUCCGAACUACGACGCAUAAAAGAUAAACUCCUCUCUUCUACAAACUGGGGUACAAUCCACCUCUACACAGACUUCUUCUUCGGCACAACUCCAAUCGCAAUCCAUCAUAACGCCUACAUAAACGGGCUUAAAGGAUUCAGACUUAAGAACUGGUGGCACAAGAUGUGGUACUAUCCUCACCUCCGUCAUCUCAUCACCCAGCGUCUCAAACCAACCCCCUCACCUCCCGCACUCGCAGAGAUCGAUCUCAACGGGCAAAGGAUCGAGUAUAAAUCGCCGCAAGAAGAUAAGCAGCGAAAAGCCCGCGUGUUUUCUCCCCUGAAACCAAACUUUACGCCUAUAGACUGGGACGCCGUGUGUCAGAAGCCGGGUCACGCUGUGAAUUGGUACGACGAGCUUUUUGGCGACGAUAAAGGUCCUCUGGCUGUAUAA